AUAGACAUCGUGAUCAUUGUUCAUCAUCAAUGAAAAAUGACCAGAAUUUGAUCCAAUUGAUCAAUUGUUGCCUAUCACUAUACUGGAUAAUGACGACAAUUAUUUUGAUUAUAAUGCCUAUUUAUAUGAUUGAUGGUCAUCAUUUAAUCCAAUCAUCAUCAUCAUCAUCAUCAUCAUCAUCGUUUGUUUUAGUAGAUAAUCAAACAUCUAUGGAAUGUACAUUGGCAAAUUUUCAACAAUGCAUUUCCGGUUUAUGGUCCACUAGCAAUAAUAAUAAUAAUAAUAAUGAUGGUAAUGGUGAUUUAGCAUUUCCAAUAACAUCGGAACAAUUAAAAUUAACAUGUGAAGAUCUGAAAAAACGUGUCCGCUGUUUAGAUAGCCAUUCGGAACGUUGUUUUACACAUGAAAUGAUGCAAGUGUUUGGCCAUAUUGUUACGAAUGCAAAACAAUUUGUACAUGAUCUAUGUGAUGAUAAAAAAGUACAAGCAGAAUAUUUAAUACAUGCAAAAUGUUUUCGUAACAUUUCAUUGGAUGAACAAAAAUGUGCACAUGAAUAUCGUGAUGCUAUUGCAUUGCCACCGAUUCAAUCACAGCCAGUUCAUUCACCACCAUCACAAUAUCGACUAUCGAUUGUCGAUUUAAUCGAUUCAAAUUCAUUGAAACCAAAUCGACUAUAUCGACAAAAACGGCAAUUACAAAUGAAAGAAAUUAUAAUGCGGCGAACAUGUUGUGCCCUACAAGAAUUAGUACUAUGUAAACGACUUCAUGUACGUGAACAAUGUGGUCAAUCGGCAUCGAUAUUUAUGCGUGAUCAUUUACCACGUAUAACAAAUCCAGUAUUGGAACAACAUUGUCAAGCAUAUACAUAUGGACCAGGUACUUGUGAUGAAGCAUUAUAUGGUAUACGUGGUCGUAUUAUAAAUACAGGCAAUGAUGAUGAUGACGAUGGUGAUGAUGAUGGUGAUGGUAAAAAUAAAAAUCAAAAUAAUGCCCAUCAACAACAAACAACAAAAUUUAUUAGACCAUCACAUAAAUCUGAAUCAACUUCUUCCGGUACAACAAUCAUUUUACAAAGACUUAAACAACAACAACAACAACAGCAGCAG